AUGGCUCAGGGAAGAGGCACUAGUGCAAUGAUCACUCUAAUGCUACUAUUUUGUAUGCUGAUGCUUCAUUCUAAGAUGGCUCAUGCAAACACCUAUAAGGUUGGAGAUACAGGUGGUUGGUCCUUAGACGCUUUUUACUGGCCUAAAGGAAAGAGUUUUAGAGCCGGUGAUAUCCUCGUAUUCCAGUAUAAUUCUGCUCUUCACAACGUGGUGGUAGUGGACGAGGCUGGUUACAAUGCAUGCAGUACCCCAAAAGGAGGAAAUGUGUAUCAUUCGGGAAAUGAUCAAAUCCAGCUUGUUAAGGGAAUGAAUUACUUCAUAUGUAAUUUUCCUGGUCAUUGCGAGGGUGGGAUGAAAAUUGCAGUCAAUGCUGCUUGA